AUGAGCCCCGAAAAUCUGGACAAAAAAAAAAAUGAUAGGAUUGAUAACAUUUCUAAUGAAGAGAAAGAUGAAUUAUUUCAAGAUAAUACGAAAUUUGAAAUAGAAAAUAAGUUGGAUUUUUCCCCAAACGAUAAUGUAUUACAUAAUAAUAGUGAUAACAAGUUAUUAAAAAAAAAUGUAUAUAUGUAUGAGAAAAUCCAAGACAUAUAUGAUGAAGCUAAAAAUAUACAUGACAUCGAACAUAUUUGUAUAGACAGCCACAAAAGUUCAUGCUCUGAUAUGGAAUAUAUUAAUUAUAUAUCUUAUGAAAUAUAUGAAAGAAAAAGAAUCAAUUCUCUGUGUUCUAUAAAUAAUGAAUUUGAUUUAAUAAACGAUAGUAUAAAAAUCGAUGAAACAAUUUUAAACACUUUUAAAUGGGGAUCCAAUUUUAAUAACGAUAAUUCGGGCAAUGCAGAAAAGAAAAACAAUAAUAUAUUAAUUAAUAUUAAUAAAUCUGAAAUAAAUGAGAACAAACCAGCUAUAUAUAACAAUAAUGAAAAAGACCAAAGGAGUAUCUUGUUCAACGAAAAACUAAAAUAUUUAUAUAAGGAAUAUUUGCCAUAUUCAAUAUAUGAAUCCCCCAAAACAGGAAAAGUGUUUGUAAAUAAUGUUCAAAGCAGACUAUUUGAUAUCGAAAUAGGGCAUAACACAUGGUGGAGCUUAGAAUCUGAUAGAAAUCACUCUAACAAUUCUGAUUAUAAAAGUACUAUAUAUAAUAAUAAUAGUCUAGAAAACAGUACCAUGAGCAUUAUUAGUGAUGAUACCAUUAAUAAUAGUAGCAAUUUUAUAGGGAAUAAUAUAAUAUAUGGGUAUUUAAAUAAUAAUAUAAAAUUAGAAUAUAGUAAAUACGAAAAAAUUAAUGAUAUUCUUUAUUAUAGCCACAUAUUAUAUAUAUGUGAAAGUAUAUAUGAUAUAUGUAUAAAAUACCAAAAGGACAAGUUACAGCAUAAGAAAAUAAGACGAAAGUAUAAAAAUUUAUCACAAAAAAAUUCAAAAGAUACAACACAAUUUGUACAUGAAGAUGAAAAAUCAGUACAUAAAAAUAACUUUAAUAAAGAUGCAUAUAUAAAUGCUAAAAAUAAUAAAACCGAAUUUAAUAAAAAUUUCAAAUAUGAUUAUUAUUAUGAUAAUAGUAGUUCUGAUGCUGAAAAUUGUAAUGACAUGUUUUUAAAUUUUUUAUUACAAAGAGUUGAGAAAAUUAAAAAUAAAAAUAAAUAUAAAGAAUUUUGUGAUAAUCUAGAAAAACAAAUAGGGAAUAAUAAUUACACAUUUAAAGAAUAUUGUGAUAUUUUUUCUAAGCUUAUUAUUACAAAUAUAAUAAAUGUUAUUCCAUUUUCAAAAUUUCAUUUGUUUAUUAAAGUUAUAGUAAAUUAUUUUUGGAGGUCUGCUAAACACCAAGAAUCUGGAUAUACAGAUACUAUCGAUUUAAUUAACUUUUGUAAUGCACAAUAUAAUGAAAUGAAAGCUUUAAAUACAAUGAAACAAGAUAAAGAUAACGAUAUGUCUUUGCUUUCCUCAAUAGCUCAACUAAAUUAUUUAGAUCCAAUUGAAAAUAACAAUUGUGUGUCUAUCUUUUCUACGACAUCUAAUAAUGCAGAUAAUAAUUUAGUUAGAAAUAUGUCUAUGAAUUCUAAAAUUAAUAUAGAGGACACAACUAUACUUAAUAAUGAACAAACUGAAAAGCAUGAAAUUUUAUUUGAAACAGAUAUGGUAGAUGACAAAGGAAUUAACGUUAUAACGAAAUUUGCCGUAUUACCAAAAUAUACGAAAACUUAUGCAAAUAGUAGAAGUAAAAUAAAUAAAACUAUUAAUAUAUAUGAUUUAUUAUGUGAUAAAAAUUGUAAAGAAAAAUCUUAUACCCAUAGCAGCGGGAUAGGAAGAAAUAAACACAUUACAUAA